CGAAACAUGCACACACAAGAAGAAAAAGAAGAACCUCGACAGCGGCAACAAUGUUGUAUAUCCAGAGGCCAUCCAACUACAUCGUCUCCCUCAUCAUCCUCCUCCCUCUCACCCUCCUAUGCAUCACCUUCCUCCUUCCGUUGUCCGCCUACCUCAGCAACCCGCUCGUCGCCGGCAGCAGCUGCGUUGGCGGCACUGCCGGCAACGUCCGUGCUGCACCAGCGGCGGACGACGACGCUGGCCAUCGCCCUGAGAUCAGCGUCCUCGUCGGUGUGCACACGACGGCGAGGAAGCACUCCCGGCGCCACCUCAUCCGCAUGGAGUACGCACUGCAGCAGACGCCGGCGCUCCGCGGCGCCGCGCGCGUCGACGUCCGGUUCGCGCUGUGCGCGCGGCCGAUGCCGCCCGAGCACCGCGCGUUCGUGGCGCUCGAGGCCCGCGCCCACGGCGACGUGCUGCUGUUCGACUGCGCCGAGAGCGCGGACCAAGGCAAGACGUACACCUACUUCGCCGGCCUGCCCUCCAUGCUCGGCGCCGGGGCCGGCGGCAGCCGACCGUACGAUUACGUGAUGAAGGUGGACGACGACACGUUCCUCCGGCUGGACGCUCUGGUGGAGACGUUGCGCGCCGCGCCGAGGGAGGACAUGUACUGCGGUGUGGGGCUGCCGUUCCACGACCGGGCGUUCCCGCCGUUCAUGCUCGGCAUGGGCUACCUGCUGUCAUGGGACCUCGUCGAGUGGAUCGCCAGCUCCGACAUGGUGAGAAGGGAAGCAACAGGUGCAGAAGAUGUGACCACAGGAAAAUGGCUGAACAUGGGCAACAAGGCCAAGAACAGGGUGAACGUUUUCCCCAGGAUGUAUGACUACAAGAGUGCCAAAGCCGAGGACUUCUUGGAGAACACCAUUGGGGUGCACCAGCUGAAGCAGGACAUAAGGUGGGCACACACGUUGGAGCACUUCAAUCUCACCACGUUGGAGCUCUUCAACUUCUAGAGA